GAAGAGAUAUAAAGUAAUGGAACCCUCCUGCGGCGAAGAUGAAGAGAGUGUUAAGUCUUAUGCCUCAAAGUCCUUAUCAGAUCACGGACGUAUAUGUAACUGUUCAAUUCCAUGCCAAUGUAUAAAUCAAUUGGAUACUCCCACGCCUAUGCGCUCCUCAAGAAAGUUCGUAUUAAGUGAGCAUGUUUUAGGCAUCGUAUCUAAUACUGAAAGCUACCUGAAAGAACGUCGUAUAACAGAAUUGGUCCGCUUCCUUUUGACCAAAAUCUUAGUAGAUGCUCCUGGUGGACCACUUGAGCAUUUAGUCAAAAUAUUGGACGAUUGUAUGUUGUACCGGGCUGGAUUUGGGCGUUUACCUGUUUUAUAUGAAGAAAGGCAUUUGAAAGCUGUGGUGAAAAGUUUUGACGCUGGCCAAAGAGGCUGGGUAAAUGCGAGUCAAUUGCGUCGCGCUUAUAUUACUCUAGGUCUCAACCCUCCGAAAAUUCCGGAUGACGCGAAAAUUCCUACAGAUGAACUUCUGAAGAAUCUAAAAAAUGAUCAAGAAAUUGAUCUCUCUGAGCUAAUUAUGGCGGGUGCAUCUGAUGGCGACUCUCGGAAAAAUAACACACCUGUGUCAUCAUUUUGA